AUGACUGGGAUUCAGGGAACAGCAUUGAUAACAGGCAUCGGCGCUGCCACUGCCUACAAAUUCGCCGAGAGUGGAAUCACCGUUUUGAGUCUUCUUGAUAUUGAUCUAGAAAAACUCGAGAAGACUCGUGAAGAGCUUCUACUUAGGAAUCGUGAAAAUGAAACGAAAAUCCAUGCCAUUCAAGUAUUGACACUCUGCGUCGACGUGACCGAUGAAACCGCUCUGACCAAUGCAGUACAAGAGACCGUAAGACGCUUCGGCCGUAUUGAUGUUGCCGUCCAUGCUGCUGGGGUAGGGGACGUCGAACUGGCGACACAUGAGGUGCCUGUAGACGAUUGGAGGAGGAUUAUCGAGAUUGAUCAGAUCGGGACCUGGUUAUGCCAGAGGGCAGUUAUUCGGCAGAUGCUCAAGCAAGAGCUUGACUGCCACCGCGACGGGUUUACCGUAUCCUUCUUACGUAGCUGCAAAGCAUGGAUGCCAAAUUUUACGCCGCGCAGGAAAUCCGCAUCAAUGCAGUUUGCCCAGGUCAGAGAACCCGGCAUGAUCAGGGACAUACAAUCCUUGCCUAUAGGCAGAAUCGGCGAGCCCGAAGAGAUCGCCGACGCGAUCUUGUUCCUUGCGUCUCCGAUGAGCAGCUUUGUGUACGAGAUUGGGCUGUUGGUGAACGGGGGAUAA